AAAAUCAAAAGUUCAUUUCGUUUCGUGUCAUGUUGGGAUUUGGGAAAUCCAAGGGUUUUGAAUUCGGUUUUAUCGAAUUAGAUUGAUAUUAUUCAAUGUAGAAGUGUAAUUUUUUAUAUGAGCGUGACUAUGAUAAAGUACAUUUAUUGAUAUUUUAAAAAUAUACAAAUAAUUUGGUUUUGAUUGUUAAGUUAUCCGUACAAAAUGCAAGGAUCACUCGAUGAUUUGGUGCAAUAUACUCAGCUGUUCAAGCCUGUGGCUACUAUUUUACAAGGGACUGUUUUUCCGUUCCUGUUGAUUUACCCGAUAAUAUUUUACUGCUGGAUAUUCGUAUAUGGAUUUGAUGAGAACUUCGAAGCUGGCUUCGUAAUUGUUGCUGUUGUAGCAACUGUACAAAUUCUCAUUUGCCUCUGUUGCUAUUGGAGCGUUCACAUACAAUGCUUCCUCUCGUGCUCGCCAGUUAAGGACCCCUUGCAUGCAGAAAUUGUCAAAGUUGUGCCAACUGCUAAUAAUGGAUUUUCAGAAAUAGUAAAGCUUCAUCAUACUAAGUCUUUAAAAAAAGGAAGUACAAAUCCAGAAGUCUGGUUCACAUUUCAAAAAAGUAAGUAUGUAUAUGACUGGAACAAGAAACAGUUUCAUACUGUUGUGUUUCCUGACAACAAAAGUUUUGAAGAAUAUAUGGAAUCUAAAGGAUAUGCUGAUGAUGAAUCAAUAGAUAUUGCUGAAAAAGAAUAUGGCAAAAAUGAAAUGAUUAUGGCUGUACCAGAGUUUAUGGAACUAUUUAAAGAGAGAGCUACAGCUCCAUUUUUCGUUUUCCAAGUAUUCUGUGUAGCCCUUUGGUGUUUGGACAAAUAUUGGUACUAUUCUAUCUUUACCCUGUUCAUGUUGAUUAUGUUUGAAUGCACCCUAGUACAACAGCAAUUGAGGAAUAUGGCUGAGAUUAGGAAAAUGGGUAACAAACCUUACAACAUUAAUGUGUACAGAAACAGAAGGUGGCGUCAGAUUAUGAGUGAUCAGUUGUUGCCAGGGGAUAUAGUGUCUCUGAUACGUUCUCUCAGUGACAACUUGGUUCCAUGUGACAUUGUUCUUCUAAGAGGAUCUUGUAUAGUGGAUGAGUCUAUGUUGACUGGUGAGAGUGUCCCACAAAUGAAGGAAUCCAUUGAGAACGCGAAAGAUUUGAAACAAAAGUUAGAUAUCAAAGGAGACGGGAGAUUACAUUUGUUGUUUGGAGGAACUAAAAUAGUCCAACAUUCAUCGCCCAGUAAAAAUGUAUCAUCUGGUCUCAAAGCUCCAGACAAUGGAUGUAUAGGUUAUGUUGUUCGCAAUGGUUUUAAUACAUCACAAGGAAAGCUGUUGAGAACGAUUUUGUUUGGCGUCAAACGAGUUACAGCAAACAAUCUUGAAACAUUCGGGUUUAUUAUGUUCUUGUUAAUAUUCGCAAUUGCGGCGGCAGCCUACGUGUGGAUCAAAGGUUGCGAAGAUCCACAAAGGAACAGGUACAAACUAUUUUUGGAAUGUACCUUAAUUUUAACAUCAGUCGUACCUCCAGAACUGCCUAUAGAAUUAUCGUUGGCUGUUAAUACAUCAUUGUUGUCUUUGUCUAAGCUAGCUGUAUUUUGUACAGAACCCUUUAGAAUACCUUUUGCGGGGAAGAUUGAAAUUUGUUGUUUCGACAAAACGGGUACCUUAACAAGUGACAAUUUAGUUGUAGAAGGUGUAGCUGGUAUAGGCGAACACACAGAUGCUACAGUUAUACCUCUGUCGGAAGCUCCGAUGGAGACUGUACAAGUGUUGGCAUCUUGCCAUUCAUUAGUGCAACUGGAUGACGGGAUUGUAGGUGAUCCUUUAGAAAAAGCAACUCUAAAGGCGGCCGAAUGGAAUCUUACCAAAGGAGAUGCUGUUGUACCAAAGAAAGGAAAAUCUCCUGGCUUAAAAAUAGUUCAUAGAAAUCAUUUUUCGAGUGCUCUCAAAAGAAUGUCUGUAGUCGCUGGCUAUCAGGUUAACGAAAGAGGAUUUAUAGAGACACAUUACAUUAGUAGUGUGAAAGGUGCUCCUGAAACUGUGAAAACUAUGUUGAAGGAAGUUCCGAGCCAUUACGAUCACGUGCAUUUAACUUUGUCUAGAAGAGGCGCGAGAGUACUAGCUUUAGGUUACCGAAAUUUAGGAAAAUUAUCCUCGCAAGAAGUUAGAGAUCUGUCAAGAGAAGAUGUCGAGUCUGAUUUGACUUUCGUCGGAUUCGUCAUAAUAUCAUGCCCAUUGAAAAGUGAUUCGAAAAAAGCGAUAUCUGAGAUCAUUCACGCGUCACAUUCCGUUGUAAUGAUAACUGGUGACAAUCCCCUGACCGCGUGUCAUGUAGCAAAGGAACUGAAGUUUACUCAAAAAAGCGAUGUACUUAUUUUAAGUGAAAUCGAAGAUGGAUGGCAUUGGAAAUCUAUCAACGAAACUGUAGAACUACCAGUGCAGCCAUUUAAAACGCCAAAAGAACUAACUUCUAAGUAUGAGCUGUGUAUAACUGGAGAAGGCCUUACAUAUUUGAAUACACAUCACCGCAAGUUUUUGCUAGCAAUCAUUCCAUACAUAAAAGUGUUCGCUAGAUUCGCGCCAAAGCAGAAAGAGUUCGUUAUAGUUACGCUUAAAUCCCUCGGAUUCGUGACGCUUAUGUGUGGAGAUGGAACAAAUGAUGUUGGUGCUCUAAAACAUGCAGAUGUGGGCGUAGCUAUAAUAGCCAACGCACCAGAGCGUCCUAAGGAAAGACGGGAAGAGCGCCGCCCUGAAGCCGCCCAGCCGCGCCGGCUGCCGCCCGCCCUCAACGCCCGGGCGGAGGCGCGCGCGGAGGCCAUGCGGAGAGCCAUGCAAGAAUUGGAGGAGGACGACCAGCCGCAGAUAGUGCGCUUGGGUGACGCCAGCGUCGCCGCGCCGUUCACCAGCCGCCUCUCCAGCAUACUUAGUAUAUGCCACAUCAUCAAGCAGGGUCGUUGCACACUAGUGACCACCCUCCAAAUGUUCAAGAUUUUGGCUCUCAACGCUCUGAUAUUAGCGUACAGCCAGUCAGUGUUGUACCUGGACGGCAUCAAGUUCAGUGACACGCAAGCCACGCUCCAGAGUUUGCUCUUAGCCUCAUGUUUCCUCUUUAUAUCCAGGUCUAAGCCACUAACGAAGCUAUCGAAGCAGCGCCCUCUGCCGAACAUAUUCAACGUGUACACGAUAAUGACAGUGCUCACGCAGUUUGCGGUGCACUUCGUGUGUCUGGUGUAUCUAGUCCGUGAAGCUACUCUACGGUCGCCGGAAAGAGAUACCACGCCAAAGUUAGAUAUGGAUUUAGCCGAAGACGAAGAGCGCGUAUUCACACCCGAUCUACUGAACAGUACCGUCUAUAUCAUUUCAAUGGCGCUUCAAGUUUCAACAUUCGCCAUCAAUUACAGGGGAGAGCCAUUUAUGGAGGGUUUGAAGGACAACAAGCCGUUGUUGUUCAGUAUACUGUUGUCGGGCGGCACCGUGCUCGCGCUGGCCACGGGCGUGGUGCCCGACCUCACCAGUGCCUUCGAGAUAGUUUACUUCCCGCCUGAUUAUCGGGUGAUAGUAGUGCAAGUGCUGAUAGCGGACAUGCUGUUCGCGUACCUCGUGGACCGCGCCUGCCUGUGGCUGUUCGGCGACGCGCGCGCCAACAGCGUCUCGUAGCGGCGGCACGUACGCUUCGCGCCGCAACACCUGCCGCCGCGCCGCCGCACGCGCCGCUAGCGCGCCCGCGCCCGCGCCCGCUCGUGAUACUGCCUCCCUUACAUCAGACAUUCAUUGAUUGUAAUGAAAUAAGUGAACUGCUCGACUCAUCAUGAUACUGCCACAUCAUCAUUAACUGCUGGACAUGGGCUUCUUGUAUGGACUUCCGAACAAAACUGUUUCGAGCUGCCAGCAUCCUUUGGCUCCCCUGCUACUGCCUUCUUUACAUCAAACUUUACGUAACUCUCGUAAUUGUAUGUAUCAAUCAAAUAUUACUAAUAAGGAUGCACAUAUAACGUACAUUUAACGUAAAUUUAAAUGAAUAAAUUGUCUACGUGAUUGCUUCCGACAGAUAGGGUUCUGUAGCCAAAUUAAACAUAAAUUCUCUUUCUCUUCAAAAAGUAAAAAAAAAUAUGGGAAUGAUAUACCCUAUAGACAUGUUGUCGAUAACUAAAAUUAAAGUUUUCGAAGCGCUAGCUCAAGACAGACAUUAUAUUCGUUCGCUGGCUAUAAACUAAGUCAUGAUGAAUAUCGAGCCGUUUAGUCAUUUCAUUAAGAGAGAAAUCAUUAAUAAUUCGAAAAUAGAGAUCGACAUUUUUUUUCGUUAUGAUGAUUAAAAUCAAAACAUGGUAAUGAAGUUGGAAAUUAUAAGCGUUCUGUAUCGCUAUGAUGUAACGAUGUUUCUAUAACUUAACACUUAGUUUACAGUUUCGUUUAUAUCUCUCUUUAUUUAUUGUAUCGUGUUAGACAGAGAGCCAGAGAGUAAUUCGAGACUCACACUGUCGAGUUAUAAAAACAUCGCGACAGAUGCCGAUAUGAUGGAAAUUGUAAUUGUUCUGAUUGUACACACCAUUAAUCAUCUCAACCGAUGGACUUAAGGUAUUUUAUGCUAGAACCACACGCUUGCCAUCUCAGACCAUUUAUAGAAGGAACCCAAAUUCACAAACAAAAUCGAGCAUAGUUUAUAUAUAUCUUAUACUGUACUAGAAGUUUUUGCGCGUUUAUUACGCCAUUCAACUACCCAAAAGAGGUAUUUAACACGAUUUAAACUAUGAUACUAAAGAGACAGUUUAUAAAAUCGCAUUAGAUCGUUGAUCAUGUACUUUGACAUAGAAGUAACGUCUAGCGAGGCAGGUCCUUAUGAUAAUUAGUCUGAGCUAUCGAAUUAGUUUGUGUGGCACAAUAACGUACGUUUUUGUCUGAAUAUUGGGCGACUGGUGGUGGUGGUGGUGGGAAGGUGAUAAUUAAUUUUAACAUCUAUAAUCUUUGGCGUAUUUUUCGUUUUCCUUUCUUGUUUUUUUUUUUAUUUUUAACAGAAAUGUCACCGCCGACACCAACUCGACGUCAAAAAGGUUCCUAAGCAUGUAAAUGAUGUUUGAUUUCCAAAAUCAAGCCAAUCGUUUUUAAAGGAUUUUGGAAUGUCAUGCGUGUGGUUCCGCUUCUAACCUUUCUGCUACAAAAAACUUAAACGCUUGUAAUUUAUUCGCAAUUUUUUGAAUCAUGCCAAAAUUGUUUAAAUAUUAUUAGAUAAUACUACAUUAUGAUAUAAUUGCUGUGAGUUGAAAAUUACAGCCUAGGCGAUAUUGAUAGCCCGAGCCGUAGGCGAGAGCUAGCAAGAAAGCAGAGGCUGUAAUUAUCAAAGCGCACGUAUGUCAUACGACGUUUUAUAACAUAUUUGCAAGAAAACACACUUUCUAUAAAUGUAUUUAAUGUCAUUACGAUAUUCAAAUUGGUGAAAUAAGAGACCCUUUACGAACAAAUGUGUUAUAAAAUAUUUUGUGGAACAUUGAUUGAAAGAAAAUAGGAAGAAUUAGCUAAUUACAUUUAAAAUUAUUAUUUUUUUUUUAUAUUUAUAACUAAAACAAAAAUUGUUAAUUUGGCUGCAUUAUUGUUAUAGGGAGUGUCUGUACUUUAUGAAAAAUCAUAAUCCAAGUACAAAAUAUAUAAAAGUACAGUUUAAACAAAGAAGUAUUUUGUCAUUGUUAGUAGUAGUUGAGUCUCCGUUUUAACAAUCUAUGACCAACGAUUGGAAGUGAUACUGGUUUGCUUAUUCACAAUCACUAGAGCAGAAAGUGACCAUUUGCAGUCUGAUAUUACUUUUAGUAUGAACACAGAUUUAAUAGCUUAUUUAUUAUAAUUUGAUAUCAGUUCACAGUUCUUCAUCAACUUUAGGUCAGCCACUAACCAUCCAUUAAGUUCAUGAGUUUGCAGGACAUCCAAUAAAGGUCGGUUUAUAUAGUCUACAGUGUUUAUUAACGUAUUUAUAUAGUAACGCGGCCGCGCAGACAUUGACAGACAUGGGCCGCGCCCGGCCAGAAUUCGCGGAAAGAAUAUUUUGUCUGUGCGGUUCAUGUCUGUAGAGUUCUUUCUGAACUAAAAUUGCCAGCGCCUUACACAUAUGACAAUAGACCGCCAUUACCAAAUGACAAUGAGCGCCAAUAAGACAUUAGCGCCGCGUUUGGGGGAUUUCUUUCAUGAAAAGUACUUUAGGGACACUCCCUAGCUACCUGCUGGGCAGUGUGAAUAGACGGUGUCUGUGGGUGUCUGCCACGCUACUUGUCUGUGACACACUUUGUAAAUAUAAACGGACCUUAAAACUGAUCGUGUGUCGUUCGCGAUCUGCAGGAUGUCAUGAACAUCGCGACAUACACACAAUCAGUUUUAUCGGAUAUCUUUCCGUUAGCGCUGCAAACUCAUGAACUUAUUGGACGGUCAGUGGCUGACAUUAGAUGAAUCAUGUAAGUGAGCAGUAGUCUGCGGGUGCUGCCUGCCGGCCGGCGCCAUUUUGUUCAACUAUUGUGACGCGAUGUACGGACGUACGUUGAAGUAUUCUAAGGUCUAUCAUUGGCGUAUUUUCUCGUAAAAUUAACUGUAUUGUUCUCGUGAUAAAUGUCUAUUUAUAUAUAUAUGUAAAAACGCUGUAUAUGUCAUUGAUGUUCAUUGAUUUAGUUUUAUAUAGUCGAUUGGUUAGCUCGUUAGAUCCAUUAUUGAAUGACAGUUUUAAUGUUAAAACUUUUUUUUAAUGAAAUACAUAAAAUUGUCAUUUAGUAAAUAUUUUUAUAAUAAAUGGAAUAAACUAAAAGGUAUAAGCUAGACUGUAAAAGAUGUUUUUAGUUACUUUGCAUAGUUCAAAAAUUGUUUGGAAUUUUCAAGCGACCAUUGUACAUUCCAGUGUACUUUCAUUUAUGUAAUCUUUGCAAAAAUCGCUGAAUAUCUUCGAACUCGAAUAAAUAAUACUACUGCCGGAUUAAUUAUGUAUAAUAUAAAAAUAUGCCAUCAAGUAUUUUUUGGGCUGUGAUCUGCCUGUGGUGUGAUAUUGUCCAUAGAGAAUUGUAUUCUACAAAAAUAUUUACUCGUAAAAUACUAAAUCUAAGGCCACGCUGGCGUGAGGCGUUUUUCAAAACAGAGCUUAUGUUGACAUGAUUGUACUUGUUUGUGCCUCACUAGCUUCUUCAUUUUAUCGAUUAAAAAAACAUCAAGCAAUUGUAUACAAAUCUACUUAAUAAAACAAAAGUAAUUCUCCAAGCUAAAUAAGCAUCUAGUAUAACAUAAUGUUUGGAAACAAAUAUUUUCUUUAUUUAACGCAUAUAAACGCGAACACAUAGUACCUAGCUAUUGUCUGGCAAGUUCAUUGAUGACACUCUCAUGAUAUGCGGGCGACGGGCUGGUCGUUAGUUUCAUACAUCGCUACACAUCCCCCGGCCCGCGCGAAUCAUUGGGAGUGUUACGAAGUUGCCAAGCUAUAGCUAACCAAUCGUGGAUAUGCGCUGGUUUCUUAAGCCCGUCCCAGCGUGGCUUUAGCCUAAUGGCCGCUCUACAUUCACGUGCGAAUCGCGCGCGAAUCCUCCGCAAAACAGAAGUAACUUCACCUAUUUUUCGCGAUGUCGAUGUUUUGUUGUUCACCGAUUUUUGUCGGUUUUAUACAAAGGAACGCGGCAAGUGUGGAACAAAUGGCAGUUCUUGUCGCUCGCGCAGGGAUUCGCACAAAAAUCUGGGGCGGCUUUAGGUACCUACUCGUAAAAGUAGGAAAUGGAUAAAAGCGAUUCGAGGAUACGUCGUGUGUAAAUGUUAGCAUUGUUCUGUCUCAUCGGUUUAGAUUGUUGUCGUGUUCAGUGUCAGUACGUGAGUUGUGGGUGCCGUGUGUGGAGACUUUAUAGCUCAAAAUAUGUGCAUUUAAAGAUGUAAAUGUGUCAGUAUCAGUGAAUAUGUAUUUUAUUUAUAUGAAAAAUAAAUGUGUAGUAAAGUU